AUCGUUUAGUUAAAAAGCGAAGACGAUGUGGUUUUUGAAGCGGAGUUAGCAAUUGUUAAGCGCUCAGAAGUGAUACGAUCACUGAUUGAAAUGGACGAGGAUGUCUUGGAUGAACCUAUUCCUUUAUCCAAUAUUAAGUCUGAUUUUUUAAGAAAGAUAAUUGAAUUCGCCACUCAUCAUAAAGAUGAUCCGAUAAUAAAAAAUGUCAAUGAGGACGUUCAAAUGACGGAGUGGGACCGAGAAUUUCUGCAGGUUGAUGCUGACAUACUUGCGAAGCUUUUGGAAUCAGCUUACCGUUUAGGUGUAGAUGAUUUGACACACCUCAUAUGUAAGCAAAUAGCAGACAUCAUUAAAGAAUUAUCUGUGGAAGAACUUAAAGUAUUUUGGAAAAAUUUCCAUCAAAAUGAGUUACAUACUAUAGAAGUUUAUGUUAGAAUAGCUCCACGACGAUUUUCGACGAUUAUUUUGUCUUCUUUUAACAAUUAG